AGCUGAUCUGACACAACAAAAAUAAAUCAUUAGUAGUGACCUUUGUUCAAGUACCCAAUCAAAUGGCAUUUUUCUAUUUAUCAUUGUGCAUUGAUUGUGCUCGGUGUUUUCAGACUAUAAUUACCACCUCAUUCAUAACGUAAUGAUACAUAGACGUAGGGAAAUGUAAAUAAAUCUUUGUUUUUGUUACUUAAAAGUUGAAUUAAGUGUAGAUAGUUUAUCGAUGAUGGACAGCCCCGAGGGAGAGGCCCAGGAGAGGCCCGUCCUGGAGGCAGGUACAGUCUACCUCCUGAUGAAAAAGGGUUUCCCGAUAUCUCGAAAUGUCAGAGCCCAGUGGAUCCUCGAGCACCUAGACACUGUGAUAUCCAUCCAAAAGGAGAAUACCGAGGACUCCCCGGAGCUGGAGAUUGUUUCGAUAAUCCCGAAAGAUCACUCGUCCCCGUGGACGGAUGACACGAGUCAGAAUUAUCAGUACAGGAUUACCUCAAGUUCCUGUGUGAUAUUUCUCGCGCACAAGUACCGUAUGGUGUUCUGUCUGGAUCUAAGCCCAUCUCUGGGAACAAUCGAUAUUCAACGAGGUGAGGUCGUCAUCGACGAGGUCUGCAUGGCGACGAAACAGUGCCUGGAGAACGUGUCCAAGCCCUUCACGAUCCCUGGAACGAGGAGAAUACUCCGUCCAGAGAUUUACGUAACGAUAAUAGUGCACACACCAUUCUUCACGAACCCAGCGCAGCAGGUGCUCGUCCAGAGUUGGUUGAUAACUUCUGAGAACAUAAUUUACCUCAUGCAGUUUAUCGAGAGACGCUUAAACUCCCUCGAGGAGAACAUAGCGAGGACAGAGGGGGAGAGAUUUUCCUCAGGGAUUUUUGAAGACGAGGUCUCCACCCUGGGGAUGAAUUCCACCCAGCCCAGUACAUCUGUUGUCUCCCCAGAGGCGAGUUUCAUUAAUAUGCUGAGGUAUGGAAUGCUUGGGCUGGCCCUUCUACCAGAGUACAGCUGUGCCCACCUGGUGAUCGUGUCUGAUGGAAUCGUGGGGAUAUCAGACGUCUACGUACUGGACUCGAUCGUCCAGCAGCUGAGGGCCUCCACGAUAGCCUGCAGUUUCCUCCACCUGGGGAGUGCAUAUCACCCCCACUGUGCCAACGGUCUCGUUCCUUAUCAGGAUAUUCUCUGUUUCCUGGCAGCAGCAACCUUGGGCUGCUACAUGGCCUUCAUACCCCAGUUCUCCACCACCGAGGACAUGAAUAUCUAUCACAGGAAUUUUUUAUGCUGGCAGCUGUACAGGACAGUUCCCAGUGAGCAGCCAAUAAAAUCCAACUACUGGCAGACAGAUAAUUCAUUAUUCUAUGGCCAUCAGCCUCAGCUCCUCAGGAAAAAGCAGAUUGAAAAUAAAGUCACCUGCACCCUGAGCAGCCUUCUCUGCUGCAGGCUGAGGGAUGGUUAUCUCAUUAAAAGAAUGUCUCUGAGAGAUGCAAGUGUUGAGAUCUGUUUCAUCCUUCCCUGGAAGACCCACGUCUUCCUCGAGUACUUCAUCUCGAGUAGUUGGCCCCCACGUUCAGUAGCCACCUGUAACACAAUCCAGUACACAAUAACUGUUGAGGCUCCAUACGAGUUCCUCCACGACAUCACCUGCCUCUCGAAGAAGCCCCUGAAGUCUCAGUACCGUCAGAACGUGGUGUCGAGAUUCUGGGCGACCCUGAGUUCUCUCACAGAGAAUGACACGAUGCUGGAGCACUUCAGCUGGUUUCCAGAGCCAGGCUGGACGUGGUACAACGUUUCAGACACGAUCAGGAGUGGAAUGCCAGUAUUCUAUCUUCCUGCCUAUCCCGUGGCCACUGCUGUCCAGUUGAGUGAUGCUGUAUGCCCACAAUUUGGAAAAAUCUGGAAACCAGUUGCAUCCCUGGACUCGAAUCAAUGGGCACGCUGGAUGCACUCCCAGAGGGUGACUCUCAUUUUAACCCACGACAGACCUCUCCCCAAGUACCUGCACCAGGCCAAUCAGAGUGGAAGAUUCCAGUGCAUCCAGUGUCGUCAGGGUGCCGCUGUUCUCUACGCUAUGCUAAAAAAUUGGGCGACUUUUGUUCUCGUGGAGAAUCACACGUACGUCCAAUUUAUCUACAGGGAAACGGAGAAACCCCCGGUGUCAUUUUCAGUCAUCAGGAUCAAUUCGAAGGCUCUCUGUGUUGUGCUGCAUGUGGCAUUUGCUGGGGGAACUGAAGGGGUUGUUCGUCACAAUGUCGUUGUGGACCUCGUGGAGAGGCUCUCCAAGCUCACACUCCCCAACAGACCCAUGGAGAUGACGGAGACCCCCUGUUGCACGAUUAUUCAUAAAUCAUUGGAGAGAAUUCUAAUUCGGUACGAGAGAAUGCCCACUGAUUUCAACACUGUAGUUUUUCCCGAUGGGACACAGCCCGUCGUCAAGAGUGUUCAGACACCUGGGGGAGUUCUCACGACCACUCUCUCCAGGUACCUCUUCCAUUUUCGAUGGCUCUGGAACGUCAAGAGACCCAUUAUCCAGACAAUCCCUGGAAUCGUUGUUCCCAGGUUGAAUAUCACUGCGAUCGCUAGAAUUCUCUCGACAAUCACCAAGAUGAGGCUCAAUGAGGGAUUUAAUUUUGCGUACUCUGCUGCUGGGGUGAUUAAUAUGGUCCUCGAGGUCGAAAUGCUGGGGGCCAUGGAUGAGUAUCAUCCCUGUGUAAUUCAGUACAUAAUAUUUCCUCCACACACUAUUAGCAGUCCCAGUGUGGAGAGGGACAGUGAGACUGAGGAUGAGAGUGACGAGGGAACUGCUGAUGGAGAGGGUGGAAAUGAGGACACCGAGGGCUCUGGGGAUUAUCAGAUCGUGACGGAAGUGUGGAUUGAGCCACAGUGUGGAAGGGUCAAGGCUGGACAUCCCACAGGGAUUUACAUGGAUGGACUCAGCUAUGAUCAAUUUCCAGAUGCUAUAUGCAAAAUCGACGAGGAGUGCAUCAAUGCUCUUUUAACUCUGGAGCAUCUGAGUCUGUUGAGUCAGGUGGAGGCUCGGGAGGCAAGUGUCGACGUGACUAAUGGAUAUCAGUACCAAAAUAAUCAGUAUCAGGGCAAUCGGGGCCCAUCGCGACGUACCUCUGUCAAUAAUUUUGCACAAUCGAAAUCGUUUCUCAAUACUCCCAGGGAUGAGGGUAUAGAUCAUAAAUUAUUCAAUUUCGAUGCUCUACGUAUUCUUCCAAAGUGCCAACAAGCGGAACUCCUCUUCUCCAUGUUCGCUGAUGGUCCAGCAUUUCCAGAAGAGGGUUCAGAAAACACUAACGGUAUUCUCCUGGAGAAUCUCAUGGAUCACAUGAAGCAUCUUCACAACAAGGAGAUCCUCCUGACCCCGUCGGAAUCCCAAGAAUUCACAGAAAUGCUUUUCACUCGUCCUCGAGAGGCUUCACCGGCCCUUCCUUUCCCCCAAGAUUUCACGGAUAAACAGAAGAAUUCAAUCAGAUGGAGAUGCUUCAUCAAGGGUAUAAGCACGACCCACAUAAUUCUCACAGUUCUCCCCUCGACUGAAAGAGACGUUCGAACGCUUUUUAAUCCACAAAAGCAUCGAAAGUACUCGCGAGAGAAAUCGGUGGAGAAACUCGACAAGAUAUCCCCCUUUGAGGAGAAAUCCAUACCCUCGUGGUUCGGUACACCCAAGAAAUUCGAUCUUUCUCCACCUCCAAAGCACCUGGACUUUGAGACAAAUUUUUCAAGUAGAACAACAACGGCAGAGAGCACACCAAAAGCAGACAGAAGACGAAGAGUGUCUUCGGGAGGUCCUAAACCGGGACUGAUCCUCCCUGUGUACGUGUACGACUGCUCCCUGGCUCUUCUCAUCGAGGUUCUCAUCAAUAAAUUGAAGUACCCCAGGUCAAGAGACAUUUACCAAAAUCACACGUUUUCCGUUGGUCAGAACCUCCACGAGGAGUUCAUCAACUUGAAGUCUUCGAAUGAUUGCAAGUCAGCAUCUCCAGAGCCUAAGAGCGAAGACUCUGACAAUGGCCUCAACGACCAGAGAAGCCUUCUGGAGCACUGCAAACUUCUGAACCUGGCUCACUGCCACUGCUUCGUCGUUGCUGUCUACAAAUCACUCUCCCUCCAGCUUCAACUCUCUUACGAGGACAUGGAGGCUGCUGUGGAGCAGUGCGAGGAAUCCCUCAUCGAGAUAAAUAUUACAGAGUAUUUGAAGACAGUCUGCAAACAUCUGAAUCCAUCGAUCCACCUCCGGAGAUCGGAGCACGAGGACUACAGCUCGUGCAUUGAGUAUCAACCCCUGCACAAUCUCAUUCGAGAUAAAUUCAGGAGGAUAAUUCAGGUGGCUUUUAAACCGGUGCCCGCCCAUCCAGAGUUCUACUACUGCUCUCCUCUUCAUAAUCCUGACAGGCUGGACUUUCAUAGAUCUGACAGUGAUGAUGAUCUGGAGGAGGGCUUUACAUUUCCAUCAGAACUGGAGUGCAAGCUCGAGGGACAGAUGAAGACAGUGUCCUCGAAUGGCACCUGGCCCAACUCCAACCUGAGGGACGAGGUCAAGCUAUCCAGUUACGAUUCAACAGAGUCCCUCAUCAGUGAUCUACGUGAGGACGAGAGAAAUUCCAAAGAGCAGCCCCUCUUUCUCCAGCUCAACUGUUCAGUUCACUCGAGAUCGAAUUUCUCGAGUAUUCCUGUUAAACUCCUCCCCACGUGUUUUGCUGAACUCAAGCAACACCUGGAAGAUUACAACGUGUCUGAUUUUAAUAAUGUGAAGAUAACUCUGGACAUCAUCUGCCUGAAUUUACCCAAGGAGGUGCUGGAGGUGAGUCUGGAGAGGGUGGCCUUGAGGACAACGUCAUAUUGUAGUGCUUCACCAGUGGGAAGUUUAAAAACAGAGAGUGAGAGUAGCCCUGGGAACGAUACAGCACUGUCAGAGGAUAUUCUCCUGAGGGAGAGGAUAGCUCAUCUACCUCAUCACCAGCAUGACGCCAUUUCCAAGCUGCGAUUGGAGAUCGAGUGGCUUCUGAGGGAUGAAAUUGCAACAGCACUCCUUGACAGUAGCCCCCCAACAGAGGAGACGCUGGAGUUCGUCGCUAAACACGUGUCAGAGUCAAGUGGAAGAACCAGCUGUCACAUUGACAAGGUGCCUCUGCAGUUCGUCUUCUCUUCGAGCAAUAGUGCGCCGAAAUUCAAUGAGGAACUCAUCAAGAUGGAGGUGGACCGGUACACGAUAAAGCAACUCGAGCGAUUUUUAUACUUCAUCAAAGACGAGAAGACGACGAACGAUACUGAGACCAGCAUUCAGGAUAAAAUCGAGAUAGAAGAGGAGAGAUCGACAGUGGAGUUGGAUGACUCUGACAGUCCCCAGGAUGUGAAUAGCAGAACGUCGAGACAAGAUUCUGGAGAUCCCCCAGGGUGUCACUCGGAGAUCUCCAGCAUCGGUGAGGGCCGCCCAGGAACUGAUGAUGGGUACGAGGGUGACUCCAGCAACUCCGAGGACGACUGCUGCUGGUUAGUCGAUCUCGACAAACGCAGGGACACUCUCCCCAACUUCUGGCUGAUCCUCGAAGUGCACAAGCACCACGUCAAUGUUUACUUUCACUGCAGAUUUCUGGAGUUUGCCUCCCCCGAGGUGGACAGAUACAGACAGGUGCAGAAGAUGGUGGUGGCACAGAUAACUGCCAUUUGCAGAAGGGUAAAUCAAUAUUUAUUGCUGGAGAGCCUACACGAUACGAGGAAUUGUGAUUCUCUGCUGGAGCCAGAGUCCCACGAGGAUCACAACUGGAGGGCAGACUCCACAAGUGAAUCUGGGAUGCCCCUGAAACACGAAUCAGUCGUGAAUAUGGUCCCAGGGAUGUUCAGGUGCUCAGUCGUCUGGGAAGUCACCUUCCACCUGCAUCCUCGAUUAAAAACAGGACCUGGAAGGUCAGGGCUGUCCAGAGGAAUCAAAGCUCUGCACGUUGUUCUCAAUAGGUUCUCAGUCAACAACCGAAACAACAUGUUCGUCUACAGGGAGAAUAACUCCAAUGUUUUCUACCUUCGACUGCAUGAGCAGACUGGUGAUGGCAAGCCCCUGCAGAAUAAAUUAUCAGAGUCCGAUGAGAAGUUGAUGGUCUCCAGGAGUAGUAGCAUCGCUUCACUGUCCCAGUCGAGAAAUUCGGGGGUACAACUGGACCAAUCGAGAACCGACGACACCAGACCCAGAGUCAGAUCCUUCGGGGAGAAGGACUCGGAUUAUUUGAGCAAAUGCGAUGAUUCCAUUGUGCUAAUGGUACAUGGUAUAUCAGAGCCUGGGGCUGAAGUCAAGCAGGAGCUAGUCCAGGUUCUCCAUAAUAGACUGGACGACGCUAUCUUGGAGGUGCUAUCUGUGAUGCUAGCUAGGAAUCCAAUGUGCAAAUUGACACCAGCAGACGUUCACUUUAUCCAAAAGCCCUACAGAUCCCCAGAGUCAUACGUUCAAUUCUCCAUUCAGCCUUAUUACGUCUCUCACAUGGACGCACUCGCUUACUAUUUGAGGCAGAAUAUCCUGCAGUUCCUGUACAUACCCAAGUACACAGACCCAAGAGGUCACUAUCAUUUCCAGGACUACUCACAGCCCGAGGGAUCUAACAAGCGAGUCCCCGAGACCGAUAUUUUCCUGAAUAAUCAGAGUCAAUCGAGUGGAAACAAAGGGAUCGCCUGCAUCGCCAUGGCCAUCUCCAAGGAUCUCAACGAGACUGACUGCCUUUUAAAAUUCCCUGGAUAUUUAUCCCCUGAGGAGUUCAAGGACGUCGUCUCCACGAACGCGUAUGAGGGCACUAGCUCCUGUACGUCAGCAAGUUCACCCAUCGAGUUCAGAAUUUGGAAACAGGGGAGGGUGUACCUGGAGACACUCGUGGAGAAGUUAAGGGCUGCGAUAAAGUACGCAACGUGGGAUCUAGUUACUGAAUACCUUCUACUUCCUGUGUCACUGACUGUUGUUCCAGUGGAGGAGAAGAAAGAACUGGUGGAGGGCUUGAAGGAGGACUCACCGAGGAAAGAAUCUCAGAGUCAUCGACGACUGGGGGUGGACGACCUGGGGGAGGAUGGAGAAUUGCACGAAAUUUAUCAUAGGACGUUUCCCUGUUGGUUCCAGUUUGCUCUGGACAUGGGAGUCCCUUCUGUGAAGAAACACGUGGUUAAUAUUCAGCACAGACAUCCUAUCCCGACGAUCGUUAGGGAGCUCCAAAAUUUAAUCCGAAUCAAUGCCCCUGAGACUUCCACUCGAAGCUUCGUCCUGAGACAGUCACAACCAUUUGUUAUUAACGACUCCAUCGAUAAAUCCACUAGGUUGCCAUUUAGAAUCGAUAAAAACACAGAAGCCCUGGAGGCGAGAAACGAAGACGAAAUUGUUUACGUGCCAUACGAAUUCCCUCAGGACGACCAGAGAUCCUUUACGAAGGCAGUGGUGGUAGCGAGGAAUUUCAACCAGUGGAGAGCCUCAUUCAGCGAUGUUCCUGACUCCGAGUCCCUCAUUCCGAAGGAUCAGAAACUUCUCCAGAAAUUUAAUCCCCUCAUUCAGGAGUCGACCUUCAUUCCUCGCCAGCGAUUACUACUGGCCCAGGUGGAGAGCCACCAGGUGGUGAUUUACAUGUACAACUGGUCAAAAGAGAGAUCGGAGAAGUUGAUUAAGCAGACGACGAGCCUGGCCACUUGGUUGUCAUCGAGAUCAAUUUUAUUCUCAAGCAUUACCCUCCAGAAAUUGGGGAUUUUUCAUCAUCAGUCAGGUGACAAUUACCACCGCGAUGAUCACAGUCCCCAGUACCAGAUAUCGGACCUGGAGACUCUCUCAAGGUUUCCCCUGACAGCAGAGGGUAAGGAGUGGCCGAGGAGGAGUGGACAGCUGAUGAAGUCCGUUCCCCAGUACUCGUGGGACAGAUUAUUGGGUCAAGUGAUGAGAGAUGCCAGACCGAGUAUGCAGUACCCUCCCAACACAACAGAUCCUGUUGUGAAGGGUAUUUGCGAUCUGCAGGACCUCCACCAACGUGAGAGAAAAACGAAGGAGGACCUCACGAAGUUGUACUCCAUGUGGCAGAGCAGGAGUGCAGCACCCAGCAUCCCAAUGCCAGCGCUCACACUCAAAACCUUCAAACAACACUCGAGACUCAUUCAUUAUUGUCACACCCCAAUCCUCUUUCUGCCUCAAUGGAGGCUCCAGUCAGCAGCCACCAGGGACCACUCCCUCACCCCACCAUCCUCCAUCUCUCCGAUCAGCUCCCAAGUCUCCCAACUUUACAAGAAGCUCGAUAAAAAUUCCGAGAAAACAGUGAACGCUUGGCAUCAGGAACUCUGCGCCUCGAUGCUCUCUGAGUACAAACAGUACCUUCAACUCCUGGGAUUCCACCCAGUCCAGAUCGACGGUGACACGAGCAACUCUGAUGAUCCACACCAGGUGUGUUACCUCAAGAAAUCAAUGCUGGGGGGAAUCCUCGUCUUCGAGAUUCAUCUCUCCGAGCCAUUCUUCAUCGUUAAGCUCCACGUAAUCGAGUGCAAUCGCCUCCAGACAAAAUCCAGCUCUGGAUCUUUGAAUCAGUUCAUGUCGAGUUUCGUCGAUGCCUGUGAUAAGAUUAUAAUUAAUAUGCACCUUCACUCAUUUACGUAUGACUUUCAUCUUCGGUGCAUUCACUCGUACAUCGCCGGGACUGGCCAGUGGUCCCUGCAGCAGGGAUACCACUUGACACAGUUCCUGGACGACUUCAUAAAGUACUACAGCAAAGCCCCGAAUUUCGCCAGGAACCUGGUGUACAGUGAUGUCGUCAAUGUCAGCAGUUUAACAACGCCGGCACACACUCUUUACUCUUAUUUAUUAUCCCACGAGAAGACGUACGGGAUGCAGGUGUUUGGGAUGACGAGUGACUCCCAGGAUACUAGGGACAGUGAAUACGUCCUGGUGAGGCUCCAGAGUACUCCUCUCGUGAGCUAUUGCGACGCCCAGGACACCAAGUACACCGAUGACUUUACGGUCGCCCUAAUCGUCUCCAAGCAGGACCAAUCGCCCCAGAUCGAGAAGACAGAGAUCAGUCUCAGAUUUUAUCUAAUAUUAACGAGUAAGAGAGAGCUCUAUCCGAAGAGAGAAGUUGAGAAUAACAAAUUGGGAAAAUUCAGGACUGUAUACAGUGUUGUGAAGACAGCGACUGGGGCUCAGGUGGAGAAUUUCCUGGAGUCUGGGGCGACAACUCCAGUGCCUUCCUCGGAGAAGAGCCUCAAGGACGAUGGCAACACGGAUUCUGAGUACAAUGAGAGCAAUUCUGACUCGGCGAGCUCAGUAAGAGAGAAAAAUGAUCACCACGAGAAUGAUAAGAGGGAGAUGGGACCAACUCCUCCACCAGUGCCACCAUCGCCUCUGAUUAGUGUUGGCAACACUCCAGAGUCAUCCCCUCAUUUUAUGCAGAUUCGUCAGGAGUCUAUUAAUUAUCUGGGAUACUAUUCCUCGCAUGAACAGCUGAUGCAGCAGCUCAUCAUCUCUCAGGCGAAGGCCGCCAGACAACACAUCACGAAUAUGAUAGAGAGGGGAACACUCCACUGCAGAACCCAUCUUCUGUGGAAUAAAUUACUGGAGAACAAAUCGACGAUGAGUUAUGCUGAGUUUAUGGAGCUCAAGUCGUUGGCAAAGGCUGAGACACUUUCUGCACUCGAUGGAAGACUGAGUCCUCUUGUUAAUCAGCCCAUUGGGUGGUACCAGACCCUCGCCAAAGUACUGCAGAAUAAGUACCAGGAGCACCACAAGCAGUUCAGCACACCUGAUGGCAAUGUUACUCAUCAUUUGAUACUGCAUCCAAGUUAUCUACAGGCUUUCAUGAUGCUGACGAUUGAUUUGCAUACAUCCAGGGGGGAACUUUAUGCGGUAUAUCGAAAAUCAGCUGAACUGACGAGUUCACCGUUUAACUUGAGUGAAAUCCACAGUCUGAUCGAAGGAUUCGUCAACGCCUGUUGUUUUCACCUGUGGAUGGGUCUCUACAGUCAAUAACCCACCAAAAAUCACCGAAAUAAUAACAGGAAUCAUCUUAUCAUUCAUCCCUCUUUUGUAAAAAGAAAUAUAUCAAUCGUGUGUAUCUGUAAAUACGAAAUACAUAAUAUAUUUUUCUCGUUACAAGCCCGAAGUACUCACUACCCAAAAAAUAACACAAUGAUAUUUUGUUGUAUUUCUCGUUAUUUUCCCUUUUUUAAUAACAUCACAAUUUUCUUUCCUUGAAUGAUUAAUAUUAAAAUGAUAUUACUUAAAAAUUAUGAGCUACUACCAUUUAAAAAUUAUCUAUAAUUAUUAAUACUAAAUAGUGUACAACCAUCUGUCAUGAGGGGACAGGAUUUAUCGCUUG